AUGAAUGAACUAAAGGAGCUAAGCAGAAAGGUGAAGGAAAACACCACCGUGAAAAAAGAGGAAAAGAAAAAUGAACCUGAAAUAAAAAACUUAUUUGAGAACCUCCUGAGCAACAACUCGAUAAAUUACAUAAGCUCCUUUAUAAACAAAACUAACGGGAUUGAUAAACCGGGGGAGAAUGACUUAGUGGAAGGAGCUCCCCCGGGGGGGGACCAUUUGGAAAACGCGCAUCAAAUAGGGGAGAAGCCGGCAUAUGGUGAACCCACUGCUGAGCAAGGAACCUAUCCACAGGACGAUGCCCCUCAUGGUAAGAAGCACCUUCCCGAGAAAAAGAAAAAAUGCACGAACGAUUCAGAAGAACACACCACCCAAAACAAAAAUGCAAGCCACAUAAAUGUGAAAAAGAUUCUGCAGAACAAGAAGAACGUCGAUGUGAAAGACCUAAACAAACUAAUUAACUUUUUCAAUGAUGAAAUAACGGAGAGAAGUAAAAAGCUGGAAAAGUUCAUGAACAAAAAUAAAAUAAAAAAUGAUUAUAACAAAGCGGAAACGAAUUAUAAAAAAUUGAAAAUAUGGAAAGUGUUACUUUACCUGCGUAAUUGUAAGACGCACAUUUUGUUGAUAAGAGCCAUUUUUAAGUCUGCAAAAGGGGGGAAUGUGAAUGAUGAACCUGCUAAAGUGAAGUGGGCACAGGUAAACGUGGAGGAGGUUACCCCCUUGGAUAGCCCUCCCCAGUUCGAUGACGCCACACCAUUGGGAAAAUCGAACGAAGCGGAAAAGUUUAAUGGUACGCUGGGGAACCAGACAACCUGUGAUGGCAUCCCUACGGAUAACCACCUUGACAAAAAACUCAUGGAAGAUUUGAAAAAAAUGUUCCUACCAGAUUCAUCCGAACAGGCACAAAAUGAAAAGCCCACCCUUAUGAAGGAAAUCAGAACGAAGUACGAUCAUCUCCUUAACAACUUAAGACGCGUCGUUCAAGUCACCUUUGAGAAAAUGUUCCUCUUCAAUGGGAACAUAAAAAUAUAUAAACACGUCUACCUAAACCGAGGUGAUAUAUUUUCGGAAAACGAAGAAAACAUUCAAGGGCAAAAAAUUUCCUACGUGAUGUUUUGGCAUUUGGCCUACAUCCUGAAAAUGCACAGAAAAUAUUUGGAGGAAAUAAAAAAGCACUUAUUUUUUAACCUCUUCAAACUUAUGGUCCUUUUCUACUGCCUUGCGAAAAAUGUGAAUUGGAAAAAGGUAAUAAAUAACCUCCACCAAAUGGACCAUAUAUCAUACUCGUUGAAUUAUCAACAUGUGAAGAAAUUCGUUUCCAGUGUUGUGCAAAAAAGUGACGACGAUUUGUGCACACCUGACUGUUGUAACCAUUUUGGUAAGUUUAAACGUUUCCUCUUUUGUGAGCAUAAUGGGAGAACCUCUGCGAGGGAGGCAGACAAGGGCGGUGGGGUAAAUGAUCCUUUCACUUCUCUUUGCUUAAGUGAUUAUAUAAUUGAGCAUGAAGAUAGUGUUGUCAUCGAUAUGGAAAAUUUUUUUGGCAAUUUUUUGGGGUCCUUGGAGGGAGAUAACAAGCUAAACCAAUCGUGUUCUCUGCCUGCGGAGGGACCUUCCCCUUUUCAGACUGGGGAAGUUGACUUGAAGAGUGACGAAUGGAAGGGAAACCGAACAGCUGACAAUAGAGGUGCUACGGUUGAGGGGGAAAAGGGGACAAGGAGUGCUAACUUUUUCACCGCACUGUCUCGCUGUUUAUUCGAGUUCCACGCCUUGGCAGAGUUGCUAUUUGUGGAAAGUAGGAAGAAAGGCGAAGACUGCUGGCGUGGAGCAGGAAAAAUGGACCAAACGGGUGAACCUCCCCUCCUCGACAUUACGAUCGAGGAAGGGGCGCAAGUUGGCGAACUGAAGGACGCAUUCGAGUUUUAUUUUGGUGACCAAAAGGGGGAUGAAAAUGGAGGAGAAGCGUAUUUUGUGGAGUACGAAUUGGAGGCACAUGGGGAGGGAAGGUUGGACAACAUGAAGGAGAAAAUAAAGAGCAAGUAUGAACAAAUCAACGGCGAACACGUGCACAGUAGCAACGCAAGUGAGCCCCCUAAUGGGUACGCCUCCUUCUCCCACUACAUGCUGAACAAAGAGUUGAACGAAAACCUCUUCACUUAUUUCCACCAAAUAAAUAGGAAGAGAAACAAUUUCAGCAACAUUUUCGAUGUGUACUUUAUGUAUAAAUGGAGGAAGGAAGAAAAGAAAUUCGACCAACUGGUUCAGAAUAUUUUCCAAAAAAACUUCCACCAUUAUAUUGAUCAGACUUAUACCACCCUGAGAGAAAUGUUGCUUUUUAAAAAAGGGGGGGAAUACAUACUAGUAGAUUCCAGCGUAGAUGAUUAUCUGUACAAUGUCUUCUUCGAUGAGGAUAAAAAUUAUUCUUUAAAAAAUGUGGAGGGGGUGACUUACCGUUUGGUUUUGCAAUUCGUUGAGGAGGCACAAAAUCAGCUGAGCAAAGCAUUACAGGAAAAGAUUGACAAAAUAAUUGAGCAGAAAAAUAUGCACAGUAGGGGAACUUACUGUGUGGGGGAAACUACUUGUGAGGGCAUCCCUGGGGAAGGAAUAUCGAAGAAAGGGCUGCCCCCAUGUGGAGAUGCGAAGAAGACCGUUUUGAGUAAAAAAGAGGGGAAAGACACCCUGGGUGGGGGAUGCCAAUUGGAACAUGUGGAAAACGAACACGAGAAGGAUAAGUGCGUAGAAAACGGUGAAGGAGGCGUAACGUUAACCCCCACGACGGAAAAAGCUGUUUUAAGCGUCACCGCCAAGGAGGAUCGCAUAGACUGUAUGCGCAUCCAUAAGAAUUUGCUCUACAUUGUUUUUGUAGUAUACCGGAUUGUGCACUUUUCGUAUGAAGUUUUGCUUGACAUGAAGGAAGCAGAAUGGAACCAUCACUCGUCACACAAAAUCGAGGGGGAAAAAGAAGAAAAAAAUGAAGAGCAAAAAAGGAAAGAAAUCAUGGCAAUUAAUACAGUCCUAUUUUGCUACAAAAUUGUCAAAUAUAUUUAUGAUGCAUUUUUAAGUUACUGCUUUUUCACAUUUCGAUUUUCUUGCUUUCCGAAGGUGCCAUGUGAAAAUGAAUUUCUAUUAAGCGUAAUUAAUGAUAAUAUAUUUUUAAAAAAAGUUUUGCAAAAUGUUUAUUCUGUUUUUUUGCACCAUCAACAUUUGUUUAAUCUAUCCAUGUGUGCAGAAGACAUCAUUUCUUUUAAAAAUGUGGAGUUCAAAUGGGAUGGCGGUCUAUGCAAAAGGGGAAGCAACGAAUGGGUGGAUGAACAGAAGGAUAGGACUAAUUUUAACUCAAAAAGUGCAAAAUUACAGGGAGAAGCACAUAUUCCCGAAAGGAAUGCAGAGAAGAAAAAAUCGAGUUGUCCCCCAAAAGAACAUUUCCAUUGCAUAAACAAAAUAAGCGUACUGAAGAAAAUUUAUCUCUACAUUGAUAAAUUUCAGAUAAAUUUGAAUUUUUUUAAAAAUAUGUUUGUCAAAAUUUAUAAGGACAAAUUUAUGCGUCUUCUCCAGAAGGAUACACUUUUCACGGAGGAGCAAUUUUUAAUCAACAUAUCCAAAAUAGUGAACAUCAUUUUUGAGUUUUUCCAAAUUCAGGACUUGUGCAAAAGUGCACACACGGAUAUUACCCUACGUUUGGUGGAUUAUUUUUUUUUUCUUAUCAAUGCGCAGGUGUACACGUUUAUGAAGGAAAGGGGCAAAAUCGAUGAGGAUGUGCGGCAACUCCUCUAUAACAAGUUAGUGUUUACGCAGAAUAGCCUGUCCUUCCUUUUGCGCAGCUACGCAGACAACUGCAGCGAACAGAAGAACCACGCGCAGCAGGAGGAAAAUUACUUUCUAAGAAUAACGGACGAGCUGCCCUUCAGUUUGAUCAAUUUGAAAAAAAACAAGGCGCUGUUUUUACUCCUUUUCUGCAAAGUCAAACAGAUCUUGAAUGCCAAAAAGGGGAUACUCGAAAUGCACGACCCGAAGAUGAUCCAGGCGUUGCUGGCCAGCAACCCGUAUGCGUAUGAGGACGAGAAUUACGACGCGAUCCUGAACGAGUUUAAAUGA